AUGACAAACGAACGUGCAAAGUCGGCUGCAGGGACAACGACGGACUUCGUCGUCAUCGAGGCACCUAACAUUAUCGUCGCCGCCGAUCUAGAUAACCUGUCACGAGACGUCGAACCUUCUGUUCACUUCUACACAGUAUUGAAAAAAGACGGAUGA